GUGAAUUGUGCAUUUUGAUUCUUGUAGAUCUCCGACACUAGGUGAACGAAUCGUCAUGAAUAAGUUUUCAUUUUCGGAUAUUUUGAAGAAGAUUUGGAGUACUGAGCAGCCAGUGGCUCGACAGUUAGAAAUAUUGUUUAUAGUGAUAGAAUCGUAUUUAACAUCACAGGGAACAAAUAAAGAUCCGAAUCGUUUAAAAGAAGGUCUGCAAAUGAAGAAUUUGCUUAUGGAAUUGAAUAUGGAAUUGUUACGCAAGGGGAAACUCAGUACGACUUGUACAUUGAAUGAUAUAUAUAGUUUAAUUGUUGAUAAACAAUUGCAUAUGAAUUUGAUGGAGAAAAUGAUGAGAAAGAAUACUUUUACCGAAUGGGUAAACGACUAUAAAAAGAGCAUGAAGGAUCGUGGAAUGAUUGCUGUCGUGUCGCGAAAAGACACUGCGAUGAGUCAUGACGAAUCGCGUAUAAUAUCUGCCGUGUCGGAUGGAGAUGACGACAGUGACGAUAUGCCGGUAUAUACGGCAUUAAGUUGUGUCGAUGUUGGUGGUAGUAGCGAUCCUGUUGCCUCAUCGUCGUUCACGCUUCCCGCUAAGCGAGAUGCCGUGAGUCGCGACGCGGAAUCCGUUGGUGUGAAAAAGAGGAAGUCGUGUAAAGGUCUCGAUUCGUUGUUUGAUAUGCAACCCAAGCAGUAUGAAAUUCAGCAAUCUAUAUCCAAAAUUAAAAACAACUGUCGAGUGAUUAUGAAAUCACCGGGGGAGAUCGGAUAUCGACUGAUUCGGCUUGAAAUUUACGAUGUAAACAAGAUUACUGGGAUGGAACGGCGACAAUGGUGGAAAGUCGCUGAAGUGCGAGCAGAAUUUCUCACGUCUUCCGAAUCAGAUCUUAAGCAACGAUUGACGCAGCAAUUGUUGGACGCAGCGGCCGACGAUUUGAAGAUAGUUAAAGGAGUUAGGAAAGAGGUGAUAGAUAUAUAUCCGUAAGAGGGAGAGAUGGAUGGAGGGAGAACGAUCGAGGUCGUGGAUGUGAAGAUGAGGAAGCUGUAAUGUUUCAUUAAUGUGUAUAUUUUAUUUGAAAAUUAUAAAUAAAGUUAUGUUAAACAAU